GCGAGCUCCACCGAUACUCCUCAUCUCUCACCCGGCCCGCGGUGUCACGCUUGGCCUCCCUAUCUAUAUAAACCCGGCCACCUCUCGGCUCUAUCUCGGAUCCUCCGCAGCUGACGACCGAGGUGGCGAGCCCGUGAACACCGACCUGAACCACCCGCAGUCGCAGCCUCGCAGCAGCCGAGCACCGGCCGGGCGCGGCGCGAUGGCGUGGAAGAGGAAGAUCGGCGGCGGCGGCGGCGAGUCGCCCUCCCGGGCUGCCGCCGGCUCCGGCGAGGAGGAGAAGGUCCCGAGGGGCCACGUCCCCAUGGUCGCCGGCGGCGGCUGCGGCGAGGGGGGAGAAGGCGAGCGCGUGCUGGUGCCGGUGAGGCUGCUCGGCGACCCGUGCGUCACGGAGCUGCUGGACAUGGCGGCGCGGCGGUACGGGUACCGCCAGCCGGGCGUGCUGCGGGUGCCCUGCGACGCGGGGCACUUCCGCCGCGUCCUCGACGGCGCCGCGCAGAGGUGCGGGACCAGCUCCGACUAAAAAGGCUGGCCAAGCUGCGACGGCGAGGACGACGCCCCGGCCCCGCGGCGGGCUAGCAUUUUAUCUGUACAAAAACAGAUGAACUUUGUUAGAUAGAUCAAAUUCUUUAAAGAAUAUACUACUCAUUUUUAUUAGUGGCAAUGUGCCUGUCAGGACUUCUCGUGGCUAAGCACGCUCUGGUGACGCGGAAGGCGAAUGGGCCGUAAACCAUUUGAGUGUAAAGCCCAAAGACGAGACGGAUUGAAUUUGGGCCUACCGGCCGGCUGUGACCGGAGUAGUUAAAUACUCGUGGGGGAUAACAAAGAACAGAACAAACAUUCUAUCC